CAAUUAGCUACCUUCCCGUCUUUUCUAUUUCUAUUUUUCCUCUAUAAAUCAAAUAAUUUUUAAAUAAGUUUUAUCCCUCCCUCUCAAUCUUCUCGAUCACCAAAACCCUAUUAAUAACAUGCCUUAGCCCACUGCUUUCUCCCAUGCACUUGUCUCCCUCUUCCUCUCUUCCUCUCAUAUCCCACAACAACAUAAUUACUUCCAUCUCUCUCUUCUCUCUCUCUACCCUUAUCUAAUUCCCUUCUCUCCAUAAGUAGUUGUCUCCUCUCUCAAACAUUUCCUCCAUCUUUCCCUCUUUCCCUUAUCUUAUAUACUCUGCUUCGAUCUGCUCUGACAACUAAACUACCACUCUUGCUCUAGCUGCUUGCCUCAGGUUUUCUGUUUUCCUCGGGCCAUAUAUCCAGCUCCUUCAUUCUCAUCAAGUCUAUAUAUUAAUUGAACUACCGCUCCUACAUCUUCGGUCUGACAAGUACCUGAAACUAAAAGAGCUAGCGAGUCCUUCUAACAAUGUCUGGCAGAAGAUCAUCGCGUUCGAGGCAGUCGGGCGGUUCCAGGAAUAACAACAUCAGUGACGACCAGAUCGCUGAUCUCGUAUCCAAGUUACAGCAACUUCUUCCUGAGAUUCGCAAUAGGCGCUCGGACAAGGUGUCAGCAUCCAAGGUCCUGCAGGAGACUUGCAACUACAUCAAAAACUUACACAGAGAGGUCGACGACCUGAGUGACCGCUUGUCUCAGCUUUUGGCCACGACUGACAUGGAUUCCGACCAAGCCGCCAUUAUCCGGAGCUUACUUAUGUGAUCGUCGAUCUGCCAUUACUAUUACUCUAUAUAUGAAGUCUCUGUUUUGGUCAUGAUCAUCAACGAGUUUGUUCUAGCUAGCUACAUAUAUGUCUGGCUAAGCUAUAGCUAGGGUUUGCUCAUUAGUCACAAUUAUGAAAGUGUUUACACAUGGAUGCAUGGACGUCUUCAUCGAUCUCCAUGGUAUCGCUUUCCAAGUCUUGUAGUAACUAAUUAACUUAAUAUAUAUAUAUAUAUAUAUAUAUCUAUAUAUAUAUAUAUAUAUAUAUAUAUAUAUAUAAUAAAGGGCUUUUCCUUGUAAAAGUUCUAACUAAUUUUGUGUUUAGAUUUUUUUGAAUCUCAGUAUAUCUAGCUAUAUCCAGUGAGCUACUUCAUAAUAUAUGCAUACACAUAUAUGUGCCUUUUGUCCCAGAGAAGUGAAUUUAUAAUAUUAUCCAUUAUUGUCGAUUAUGACACAUA